CUUCUCUUAAUUGCGUCGACUCGCGUCCUCUCUCUCUCUCUCUCUCUCUCUCUCUCUCUCUGACGCCUCGGAAGGAAGAGAAAAAAGGUCAGAUCUUGCAACUCUUAUUGGUCAAUUGAUCGAUCGAAGAGGCGGAGAUGGAUGCCAUAGAUUCAGUCGUUGAUCCUCUCAGAGAGUUCUCCAAGGACAGCGUCCGCCUCGUCAAGCGUUGCCACAAGCCCGAUCGCAAAGAGUUCACGAAGGUGGCCUUCCGUACCGCAAUUGGUUUCGUGGUCAUGGGGUUCGUUGGCUUCUUUGUGAAGCUGAUCUUCAUCCCCAUCAACAACAUCAUCGUCGGUUCUGUUUAGGUUGGGAGCUGGGAUACUAGAUGGAGGGAGGCCUCUUUUUAACUUGAUGUGCUGAGGGGGCCAACAGAUAAUAGUUCUUGUCAGCGUAUUAGUGUCGAACAUCGAAUGUACUUUUUGAGAAUUUUCUAGAUCUAAUUUGUGAACUAAAAUUUUGAUAAUUAUUUCUCUGUUGAUUACGUCGUGACGAGACAGACAGGGCUUGCAUUUGGAGAAACCUCUAAUAAUAUCAUAUCCGGUAGCAGAUUCCCUUUCU